GUCGCAUACAGAACACACAUCAAGCCAUGGGCUUGGCAGAGGCUGGUUUUAAUGCACCAGCUUGUAAAAAAUGAGAAAAUAAAGGGAAGAGAGACGAUGAGCAGAAGACGCCGAGGUGAUAGGAGGGGACAUAUUGUGAAAUAUGAUAUUUUCUUUGCUUCUAGGCAUAUCAAUCAGUCUCACUUUUUUGAUUCCUGCGACAGCAUGCAGUGACUGCGUCCUAAGACGAGGAAAGAUGUCGUCGAACACAAGCUCCCGUAGACAUUCACGACUCAACGUUCACAACCAUACGUUGAUAACAUCUCGGUUGUCUGCCUUCGUAUCUGUGAGUUGCAUUGACUUCAGGAAUAACGGCUUACAGCAAAUAGAAGGGAGGUGGCUUACCUUUCCCUUGAUAAUGGAUGCUGUAUAGAAUGCGCAUUCAGCGGAUCUGCACGCAUCUUUCUGAACUAACACAGCCAGAGGCGCUAGGCGCUUACCUCCACGUGCAGGUAAUGUGUUCAUUGUUCCAGUUCCAGAAGACGAAUGUUCCAC